UUCCACCUUCAUUCUGAAAUUUUCUCAGAAACUCCUUCGCAGAAAAUAGUCUCAAAUAAGUUUUUUUCAAACAACUUUUGUGGCUUUUAAAGUCAUAUUCAUAUUUAUCGUAUCCUAAAGAAAUAAAACGGGCGUCUGGUAAAGGAAUUGCCUUGGUAAUGGCUUCAGAGAGCGAGCGUGUUGAUCAAUUCCAGCAAAUUCUACAUCAAAUCGGUGGAAAAAGCAACAUUCAUUUAGUCAGCGCUUUGAGCGGACCUGAUGAAAACACCGUCGUGUUACAGGACUUUAUCGCCGAUAUGUUUCAUGAUGGUAGAUAUGAAGAAAUCACUGGCUCUGUUGGCAACAGCAACGGCGAGAUCAAAAUUCAAACAGCUGGGAAAGUCACAGACGAGUGCAUUCCUGAUCAACAACAUUGUGAUCUAUCAGAACAAAAUUCAUCAAUACCUGCCGAUGGUGAGAAAACCGACCCGCUCAAGAAUAAAACCGUGAUGUCAAGCAGAAACAUCAGAGGGCAACAGAGAGCUAUUAAAUGCUCCAUGGUCAUGUUUAUCUUCAGACAUGAUUAUGUUUGUAAUAAAGAGAAUUAUGUGUGUUUGAGGGAGAUCAUGAAGGAUGUGAGGGCUCGGAUCAAGAGAAACGUGUUCCGUCCGGCUCUGCUGGGACUCAUUCAAACUGACUGCGAUCGAUCGGAAAUCUGCGAGUCACUGGAGUUACUGGAUCGAUCGCUGCGAUCAGUGUUUAUUAAUCACCCCCAACAAGCCAUAUGGACCGGCAGAUACGUCACAGAUUCCCCAAAAGUGCUGCAGGAGAUCAAAAGGAAUGCCUGUAGAACUGUGAAGUCUGCGAUGUCUGUAGAUAGUAAUGCUGGCAGUAAAAACUGUUCAUUUUGGCCCUUGAAAUGUUUGCCAGGAAUACUCAGGAAGGGAUACAGAGAACAUGCCGACCUCACGUCUAACAGUUGGCAACAAGCCAAUCCACAGAUGAAUGAAGAAGGAAUUCCCCUUCAGAUAAGGGCAACAGCGCGCUGACGCCAGGCUGGCUUUGCAAACAGACCAAAAUGGAUAACGAAUAAACCCAAAACUGUGUGACUGUGUUCUACACAGGUGAUAUACUCUUGCAGUAUGACCUCCAGUUCAGGAGGACUAAUGGGAAUGAGAUAUGAAAGGCUGUAACAGCAUUAUCCAUGAUAUGUGUUUGAUAUUUCAGAAGGAUGUCUGGCUAGUAUGUGUAUAGAUAAAAAAUAAAUCUGUAAUAAAUGCUGGAAACGAUAAGUGACUUUAAAGUAUUAAUUGCUAUUUCUUAAUAAAAAGCUUUUUUUUGCACUAACUCUUGAAUAAUCUGUAAUUAGUAUUAUAUUUUGUUGGCUAAAUCAUUCACUAGGUUAUAAAUGAGUGAUUAAUUUUUUUGUGAUUAAAUUUUGAUGUCCUUUUUCAUUAUGAUGAAAAAAUAAAGUUAAGAUACUGUAGCAUUUCAGAAAUAAUUGCAAAGUUUAAUUGUGUUUGCCAUUUUUCAGUUCUAUUUAUUUGAUGAUCUGUUAUUUGAGUUGGUCAUUUAACAUUUUCUUUGUGGUUGCAUAUGAGUUCCUCAUAUCUUACUAUCCGUCUCAGGUACACAAACAAUAAUAUAUAUAUAUAUAUAUAUAUAUAUAUAUAUUGCCAGAUGUUUCUUGUCUCUUAAUAAAAUGAAUAGGCUUAACCUGGAAAUUAAAAUUGUAAAACAAAGGAAUGUGAUAUAAAAUAAAUAGGAAAAAUAAUAUUAAUUUACUUAUAUAAAGCAUUUAUUCACUAUUUUUAUUUUAUUUUAUGUCAUUAAAGAAAAAUAGAGACAUUCUGAAAUUCAUGUAAUUUUUCAGUUACAUUUUCCUCUGAUAUUGUAAUACAGAUUAUAUAGUUUUCAAUAAAGUCAG